AUGACCGAAACUGAUGAAAAAUGGCUCACUGCACUGAGAGACACUGUCCCUGACGAUCCCGCCACAGAAAUCCACGACAUCUUCAGGGCAUCGCUUCAGUCUACCGAGGAUGGCUCAACAAAGGCUGCUCAAAUUGCAGACAAGCUACGGCUGCUUGUAUCCAAUGCACCGGACGGCAAAGCUGAGGAAAUGCCGUGGCGCAUCUGGAUGGUCAUGUUUGGUUUAUUAUGGGCCCUGCCCCCGGUCCAUGAGAUUUAUGACGUUCUCGCCGAGGUCUUGCUCAACUUCAAAGAGCACGGUGGUCCUGUGCUUGGCGAGCAUCGAAAGGACGACCCUGCCUGGAGAUUGAAACCGGGAGGCGAACCGCCAAGCGCUCAAGACAUCGCGCAAUGGAUGAGCAUGGAAACCUUUUUCGCACGCAUUACCGAAAAUGGAGCAUACCCCCUUCCUGACUUUGCUAUGCAGUACAUGAUACUCUUGUUGGAAAACCCUUUCCUGGAAGGUUAUCCCGAGGUCGCAAAAUCCAGACUGUUCGUCACACACGAACACAUCAUGCGCUCCGCCAAUACUUUGUUCGACUACCUUAGGGAAAAUGCCGGUGUAGAAGAGUCCCGAGGUUGGAGCACCGAGACCCUCAAGUGGCUACAGCGCACCAAAUCUGGCGGAUUACUCUGCCCGGAGAUCGAAAUGUUCGGGCUUGAAAGGUGGCAGUUCUGGAAGAAGAGAAUAGGCGAACUCCGAGCGCAGGUUGACGAACUAAAUUUUGGCGACAUUCCAGCAGGCACUUGGCUUGAUGAGAUGCUGGUUCGUAUGAAUGAGGUCGAGACCAAGGCGGGCCCCAUUGAUAAGUGGGCGAUUAUUCCUCCUUCCACAGAAAACGAGGAAGUGGAGCCUAAAGAGAGCAAGCGAGAAGACCAACAGAUUGAUACUGAGCCGAGCAAAGACAAGGCUGAGAUCAAAAUCCGGGACCAAAAAGAGGAUAGCGAAAGCGAGGACCUCAAGAUGGAUGGAGGCACUGCCAAGAAUUCGACAUUGAUAGGGAGAAUCAAGGCCAAGAUUCUCAAGUAUCUUGCCGCAGAAGAGCGGGGUUGCAGAUCUUCAAGGUGGCCGCCACCUCUGUUACGGCCAUCGCGAAUGGAAAACCGCAAUUCGACAGACUCUCUGUCACUCGAGCCGGAACUAGAACGCCUCCAGGAAUUGAACAAAGAUCUGGAACGACUCCGGCUGGCCUUGAUAUUCCCCAAAGACACGAAUGCGGAGACGAAAGCCGAACCAGAAAGCUCACCCAGCACCGCGCCCAUGGGUUCCGCCCUUGAAAACGAGCCCGCAUUCCACAUGUUCGGCAAGCUCCCGGCGGAGCUCCGGGUGAAAAUCUGGCAGCAGUCGCUCGAGACGCGCGUCGUGGAGCUGCACACGCGCCGCGGGCACUACGCCGACGACUUCCGGCACGGCGGCCACCUCAAGUGGCACUCCCGGUCCACCAACCCGACCGCCCUGUCGGUGUGCGUCGAGUCGCGCGAGGUCGCCCUGGAACGCUACACGGUCGCGCUGCCGCUGGCCGUUCCGCCGCGCCGGCGCGAGACCCCGCAGGGCGGCUUCCGCAUCCCUCAGGCCUGGAUCCCCGGAGACUCGGUCCACAGCCACCGUCACGUGCUGUACCUGGAUCCGACGCGAGACACGGUCGCACUGCUCGGCGGUUUGGAUCUCAAGCUCCUAAAGGAGCUUCUCGACUGCAUCAGGCACGAGGAUCCGCGAGGGUUAAAGCGGCUCGCCAUGAGCGCGUCCUGUUUUGUCCACCGAGGCGGCGUGUCCUGCCUCGCCAUGUAUGCAGUGACUGUUUUCCGGCACCUUCACGAGCUGGUGUUGUUCAUGUAUUCGGAAAACAUGCCUCCUGAUGAUUGGUCUGGCGGGCGCUGUAGCCUGGAGGAUUGUUCCGACAAGGACUUCUUCCGGGCGUGGGAAAUGGGGGCUGGAAAUCAGCUCAAGGGGGCCGACAACAGAUGGGUAGCUGUCGGCUCCAAGGGUAGGGAGAUUCGCAUCAUGGAUCUCAUGUUCCUCCCCUUAACCACAAAAACCACGAAAUAG